AUGUAUAACAAUUUAACGGUUGUUCUUAAAAAUCUUAACAAUUCUGAAGUUAUAGGUCACGAUUUUUUAAAUGAGGUUUGCAUUAUAGGUGAUUUUGGAAUAAGCAAACCGGCAAAUUCGAUAACAGAUACAAAAGAGAUAUAUGGAGUGAUUCCAUAUAUUGCUCCUGAAAUAUUUAAUGGUGAAAAAUAUACGACUGCAUCAGAUAUUUACAGUUUUGGAAUGAUUAUGUGGGAAAUGAUAACUGCUCAAAAGCCUUUUUUUGAUCGUAAUCACGAUGAAUUUCUUAUUCUUGAUAUACUUAACGGUCUUCGUCCUGACACUAUGGAUGAAAUCAAACUGUAA